CGAUGAAAUAAAACUUUCAAUAUGUAAAAUAUUCUACACUGGACUCAAGAAUCAGUGGAAGAAAUUACCAACUAUCCUGGACGAAUAACUCCAGUGUGUUGAUGUUUGUUGGUUAUCUCCCUUUAUUACAAAGAAUACAUGUCCAUGGAUAUUCGGUAUAUAAAUUUGAAUACAAAAGGAUUGUAAAUAUAAUUGGUGAAACAUGACACAUCCCAGAUUAAAAGCAGAUUACCAAACACUUGUUCAGUUUGUCCGAGCUUCAGAUCUGAGUAGAACCAGACGUCCGGACUUAAAGCCAGCUUUAACGAAACAAGUUACUUUGGAUGGCCAGAAGGUCAGAACGUUUUAUGAGAAAAUAACUUCAUCAGAGUAUGAAGCACCUACAGAUAAACCUCAAAGAAAAAAAGAACAUGUUAAAAGGGUUAAUAAGACGUCUAAGAAAAAAUUAUCAAAAGUUACAUGUGACGAAAGUAGAAGGGCAAGUUCUGAGGGAAACUUGUCACCUCGUUCCAUGAUUGUAGGUGAAAAGAAGACACACAAUGGAUGUGAGGUGACUGUGCAAAGUAAUUCAUCUUCUGUUAUUGGAGCUGGGUGUGAGGUUCGAACAGGACAUCCGGAGACGGUGUCUAGACUUGGCUUGACGCUGCUGAAACAUGCCCAAGAAGGAGACACUGAACAGGUCAAGACAUGUUUACUGCAGGGUGUUUCCGUGGAUUUCCAGGAUCAGUUUGGUUGGAGUGCUCUGAUGUGUGCAUCAGUGGGUGGACAUCCUGAUACAGUUCAGUUUCUGUUGGAGCGGAAAGCCGACAUUUUCAGAAGGGAAAAAUCUGGCAUGACUGCUCGAGACCUUGCAAGGCAGAAAGGACAGAAUUGUAUUUUGCAACUAUUUGAACAGUCACAGUCCCAUUCAGAAGUGAAUUCCGUUUCAUCGCCAAGCUCAUCCAUGGUCCUGAACACAGACACACGCACCACUUUCUUCUGCACUGUGUGCAAGCAGGAAUUUGUUGACACUAACCAGAGACAGCACCAGACAUCAACCGUCCAUUUGUUUAACAUGCAGCUGAAGCCGAAGUCAAACAAUUACCUUAUCCCAGAGUCAAACGUGGGCUACAGAAUGUUGUUACGGGGUGGAUGGGAUGUGGACAAAGGACUAGGACCUGAUGGUAGUGGUAACAAGUUUCCUGUUAAAACUGUCUUAAAGAGAGACCGCAAAGGACUUGGAUCGGAGCAGAAGGUACCGGCCAAAGUGACGCAUUUCAAUCCUCAUGACACAAAUGCAAUAAACAGCAUCAAACGUAAAUGCGAGAGAAAGGUUUCUGUACGCACUUUAUCAAAAAGGGCAAUGAGGUUGAAGGAAAAACGUGACAGGGAUUGGGAAAUACAGUUAAGGAGGUAUAUGAACAGUGACUGAUGGUGAAUUGUAUACACGGUCAUACCAGACGGGUAGCAAGCGAGCUGGAAAGCAACUUCCACCUACCAAUAUUAUGGAUGUUUGAGCAAGUGUUUUAAAUAUUCUUGUAAUUAAGACUGGAUAAAACUUACAUAUAACAAA